AUGCAUCCACUGAAUUGGUAUAUGCUGUUGGGUGAGCUUGGUGUUCAGGUGCGAGCGACUGCCUUCUCUCACUUCUGUGGCGGUGAGCAACUGGAGGACUGCGUAAGCACUGCACAAAGCCUCCAGGAGUGCGCAGGUGUGAGGUGCAUCGUGGACUGGGGAGUGGAGGAAAGCAGCCGGCCUGAUGCCUGGGAUUUGAACACGCAGAGAAAGGUGGAGACGCUGCAACGCGCAAAAGAGGUGCUCGGCCCAAGUGCUGCCUUCAUGCCCAUCAAGCUGACAUCGCUACUGUCACCUGAGCUUUUGGAGAGCCUCACUUCUGCUUUGGAGGCAACUCCCAGCUCUCAGGACGCGGCCGCUGCGCUUUGCACGGAAGACGUGGCUGCUGCCUUGGGGCGCCUCCGCCUGAUUUGUCAGGCUGCCAAAGAUGCAGCUGUUCCCGUGUUGCUGGAUGCUGAGCAAUCCAACCGGCAACCAGCAGUACACGUCUUGGCCCAGGAGCUGCAAAAAGAGUUCAAUCGUCAGGACAUUGUGGUCUAUGACACAAUUCAGAUGUAUCUCAAAGCUUCGCCCGCGCGGCUAGAUCAGGCUUUGCGCUCAGCUGGCCAGCAUGGCUAUGUGUGCGCCGUCAAACUGGUCCGAGGCGCCUAUAUGGAGCAGGAGAAGUCUCGAGGCUCCAUCCACUCUUCCAAGGAGGCCACGGAUGAAGCCUUUGAUGCUGCGGCUGGGCGACUGCUUUCGUCCGUUGCGCAGGAAAGGCCAUCUGCCGCGUUGGUGCUGGCGACGCACAACCGAUGCUCCUUAAAUCAAGCUGUGGCCAAGAUGGAGCAGCUGGGCCUCGCACGCGAUCAUCCUCGCGUUCACUUUGCCCAAAUCUUUGGAAUGGUUGACAACCUCACUUUCAGCUUGGGUUUGGCAGGCUACAACGCAUCCAAAUUGCUAGUCUUUGGCGAGGUCAAAGAGGUGCUGCCGUGGCUGGUGCGGCGCGCACAAGAGAACCGCGAUGCUUUCGGCGCGCAGGCCUGGCACGUCCUGGUAAGGAGCCAGGGAAGAUUCAAAUCCCGAUCAGAGCUUUCUGGUCUGAUGACUCUGAUGACUGAGCAGGCAACCUUUGAAGCUGUUGGCUACUCUCGCAUGCUCUCGGAGGAGGUGAAGCAGGUCGCCAGAUUUGUUCGGUGUAACAGUGGCCACGCCGAGGAGGACAGCUGUGCAAGCCCCCGCGCCCUGCAAGAAGGGGCUCUCACUAUGCAGGCUGACUUCUCCCGGCCCGUGAAGCUGCAGGCGCCUUUCAUGCUGGGCUGGUCGCUGUGCAUUUUCUCGGUUGGGCUGGCCCUGGGCCGGCUUGGAUGGUAG